AUGAGCGCAAUGUUCACUUAUGUUAUCAUAAAUAAAUGCAUUGUCUUCCAAGCUGGCAUUGGAAUCUCAGCAAACACCUUCCUCUUUGUCUUCUGCAUCUGUACAUUUCUCAACUGCCGUCCUAAGCCCUCUGAACUGAUCACCGGUCACUUGGCCCUCAUCCACAUAGUGAUGCUCUUCAGUGUCAUCAUUUUGGUGUCUCCAGACCUGUUUGAGUCACUUAAUUUCCAGAAUGAUGUCAAAUGUAAGGCAUUUUUCUACAUGAACAGGGUGAUGAGGAGCCUCUCCAUCUUCACCACCUGUCUCCUGAGUGUGCUUCAGGCCAUCACCAUCAGCCCCAGCUCCUCUUGCUUGGUGAGGUUCAAACAGAAAUCCAGAAGGUUCAUCUUCCAUAUGUUAUUCUACAUCUGGUCCCUCAGUUUGUCUUUCAAUAGUAACAUGAUUUUCUACACCGUGAAUUAUUCCAACAUGACCAAGAACAAUUUUCUGAUUCUUGGUAAAUAUUGUGCAUUUUUGGCCAUUAACUCCAUCAUCAGGAGUCUCUUUUCCAUACUGUCAAUAUUCAUGGAUGUUUCCUUUGUAGGAAUGAUGGUCCUCUCUAGUGCAUACAUGGUGAUUCUAUUGUACAAGCACCGGAGGCAGUCCCAGCAUCUUCACAGCACCAGCCUCUCCCUAAGAACCUCUCCAGAGAAAAGGGCCACCCAGACCAUCCUGCUGCUGAUGGGUUUCUUUAUGGUCAUGUACUGGGUUGAUCUCAUCAUCUCAUCCUCCUGCACCAUGUUAUGGGAGUAUAACCCCAUCAUCCUGGGUGUCCAGAGACUUGUAGUCAAUCUCUAUGCUACUGUCAGUCCUUUGGUGCUGAUCAGUUCUGACAAAAGAAUAACCAAUGCUUUACAAAAUGCAUGGCAGAAAUGUCAUUGA